CACCGAUAGCAAAGACAAACAGACACAAAAACUCCUUUGUUCCACUGGCAAUCAAAUCAUUAAAUAGGAACAAUCUGAUGUAAACUUUUCAUAUCUGCUGUAUUAGUUCAGGCCAAUGCCAUUGGUGUCACGACAUCCUGGAUCAAAGACACUAUGGACAAAACAACCACGACGUUACAAUGCAGUUGGAUGGUCGAGUCUGGAGAAUCCCCAGGCAUGUUGUUCUUCUCACCAAAUGACAGAAUCGAACAAGUAUAUUUCUAUUGUGCCAUUAACACUGGGCCUCCUUACAGGUGUUUGAGAGGUACAUUAGCUCAAAGUCGACACUACAUUAACUCUUCUCUUGAAGGAUCUGUGGCAAUGAUGAUUGAAAACCUGCAAUACUCAGAUAAUACAACAUCCUACUUCUGUUUAGUUAGAGAAACAUCUAAGCCUUUAAUAAUAACACAUGCGCUGCUAACUAUAAAUGAUGAAGGAACCACAACAAUACCAGCUGUAACAACAAUAAUAAUGAGCACUAGAUCAACUGUACUACUGCCAUCUACUGAAGCUAACCCACCAGAAACUGACACUGGAACCAGUGACUUUGUCACAGAGCUAAAAAUAGCCAUGCCGUUUAUUUUACCUCCAAUGAUAAUAGCGAUCUUUAUUGUCGCCAUUGUUCUCACCGUACGAGGUCAAGGUCUCCAGAGUAAAGAGCAACGGCACCAAAGUAAGAGGUCAAGGUCGUCAGAAGAAGAGGUCUGAGUUAUUACAGUACAUUGUAUAGAUUGUAAUUAAACGUGUAUUAAAAUAAAACGUGUUGUUGAUAUGAAACUUUUUGAUUUUUAUCUGUGAGUGUGCAAGCGAUGGGGCUACAAGUCACUUAUACCCCGAAGGAAGGACAAAAAGGAGGACAAAGAAUUACGAAGAAGGACAAAAAGAAGGACAAUGUAUUACGAAGAAAAACAGAAAGGAGGACCAAGAAUAGCAGGAGGACAAAAAAGGACAGAAAGGAGGACAAAUAAUUAUAGAGGACAGAAAUAUACCCUAGUGUCUUCAAGUUUUUUAUCGACUCUUUGUAAUUUUUUUUGUCCCGAUCUUCUUUUAAUGUAUAGUCACCACAUACAAUACAUUUAAUCUUGGGGCGACUGGAAAUAUAAAACCUAAUCAAAACUUCAUUGUAGAAUACACACAAAAUUACGUAUUUGACGGUGAAUUUUUUUCUAUCAGUGCAGUUUCAAACAUAGUCGAAGUAAGACAUAGGGAAUUAUUCUUAACUCUUUCUCUCCGUAAUUAUUUACCACAUUCUGGUGGAAUCAACGCUGGUAUCGUCAGUUAGGAGAGAAAGAGUUAAGCAAAUAAUGCCUUAACUCCUUGGGACAAGAAGAACAAAGUAGCUCAUUCUAUGUUUCAUGUUGAGUUCAACCAAGACCAGUCGUCACCAAAGGCCUGAACGCUGACCUGCAACGUCACAACCUAUGAGCCAUGAUGCCCAAUGGCUCG